CCAAUAUAUUGCUAACAUCUUUGACAAAAAAGAAAGUAUUUUACAGCCAAUCGUUUACCAUUUCGACAGACAAUUGGCUAAUCCGUAUUGAAUGUCUUAACAAUAAAAUCGGUCUAUACUUGCAUUUGUUGCAGUCGUACGACACAUCGGUUUCGGUUGAAUACGAUUUGUAUUAAGUGGACAACAAUAACCAAUUAUAUGGUAAACGAUAUUUUAUUGAAAUAUUUGAUAAAAUACAGGGCAAAGGUUGCGAAAAGUUUAUUAAAAAACACAAAUUGAUGGCCAAUAAGGACCAACUAUUGCCCAACAAUGCACUUACUGUAGGCGCCGACAUCACUGUCCACCACAAGAAUAAUGAUUGUAAUAGUGGUUUGAAAUUUGAUCACUUGUUUGGUGUCCGCGAUCUAUGCGAUUGUCGACUGAUUGUCGGUAAGGAUAAGAAAAAGUUUUUCGCCUCAAAACUGGUUCUCAGCGCCCGAUCGGAAGUCUUUCGUCUAAUGUUUACCACUGAUUGCUUGGAAAAGUCAACCAAUGAAGUAGUCAUCGAUGACAUCGAUAGCGAUGUCUUCAAGACGUUUCUUUGGUAUCUAUACACCGAAAAGUGUAGUCAAUUGGACUAUUGGUAUCCGAAACUGUUGAUCGUCGCCGACAAAUAUUUGGUCCAAUCGCUGAAGACUAUAUGUCUUAAUCAGUAUUACAUGAAAAUCAAUGGCGAGAAUGCAAUUAAAAUACUUAAACUGUUUCAAGAUUUUGGCGCCGAUGAAGAACUUAUGGAAAAAACUGUUGAAUUUGUUGCCAAAAAUGUCGCUUCAGUUUUGGGUAAACUAAUUAUCAAAGAUUAUGCUAUUAGAGAGGAUGUCGUAUCAAAAAUUAACGACAAAAUUAGUAAAUUGAAUGAUUAA